AUGGACACCCGCAUGGGAGCCAGCUAUAACUGCCUCUUCAUCUGGUACAUGGAACAAUCUAUCUUCCACAGCUUCACCGGUACCAUUCCCCAUCUUUACCUCGACGACAUUGAUGACUAUGGUGUUGCAAUAGAGAAUACUCGAGAGAGGGAAAGUAAUAUUGCAUCUGCAGAGUCUCUGAAUGCAACAAACAACCGACAAUCCUCAACCAUUGGAAGGAUAGUCAACUGGACUGCCAAGUACCGGGCCAAAAGGUCAACCUUUUUCCCAAAUGGAGUUAAAGUUUGCACCACAGAAUCAAUGCGGCAGAUCAUGGCCAGUCACCUUGCAUAUUACAAGUUAAAGGUUUGUCAGGAAGCCGUCUGGGAAGCAUUUCGGAUUUUCUUGGACAGAAUUCCAGAGAAUGAAGAGUACCAACAAUGGGUCAAUAUUUGUCAGCGAGAAACACAUUAUCUAUUCCAGAUUGGGCAAAACUUCAGUGAAUCCCAAGAACAUCUAACCAUGGUUCAAAAGAUUAAGAGUGACGGUUUUCCAUUGCUUCACAGAGACUGGGUAUCCAAGAUAGUGAUCUUCAACCAAGAGAUCCCUGCUGUCCCAGUGUCAAAAACCACAUCGAUUCCAAACAUUGUGGUCUCUAAUGAGAUUGUGAAUGAAACUAAAAUUCCUGUUAAGGAUCUGCAUGUAACCAACAUUGUCCCAGAGCAGCCAUCAGAACAGGUUGUGGAGUUCAGCAUUAAACUCAACAAUCAAAGUUAUAGCAGAGAGUUGAGUGAGCCAAACUCACUCGAGUAUCAGGAACUUACCCGAAGAUUUGAGAUUCAGAUGCGGAAUCUUUUUGAAAUCCAGCCAGGAUUCAAAGAAAUUCAAGUAUUAGGAUCUAGUGAGGAUGGUCACAUGAUUCACUUUGCCGCCAUCUUUGAUAAGAGGGCAGCCACACUGAGUGACAUUCGGAAUGAUGUGCUAAACAUCGGCUCCAAUAAAGUCGAGAAUGGAGACUUGCUGUUUGAGCCACAAGAGGAACACCUAGAAAAACCAUUGGCCACUAUAACAGUAACCAGGUUUCAGGACAUGGUUGCCAUGGCACUACUCAAUGAUACGUCUUUUUCAAUGGAUCCAAGUUCAAUUCGAUUUACUCAAGCCUCUGAUGGUCUCGACCAAGUGGCUCCCAACUUGGAUCCAACUCCCAUCAAACCGGAGAGUCAUUUAAGUCCAGCGAUCACUGGAGAAUUUGUGGAGGACAAGUUGAUGGAGAAGAUUCCAGCCAUCUCUUCAGAAGGAAAACUUGAUGAAACCAUUAAUGAAGUCAUAACUGAUACCAUAGUACAGGUUACAAGGAUAGCUCCCACCCAAACUGGAGCCACUAGUGUCCCAAAUGAUCUGCCAAGUCAACUACUUGUGACAGAACCAUUACUUAAUGUCCCACUAGAAACAUUCUUAGAUAAAGAGACCACAUCUGUGCCACUGACUAGUUCUAAUGGAGGUGUGACUGAAAGUGGACACCAGAUCAGUAGUUUGACAUUUACAACCACGGUUGUAAUGACUGGUGAUCUCUUAGUUACAGAAGAGACUAGCAUAUCCACCUCUGUUUCAUCUGAUAUGCAACAGAUGACUACAGAUGAAAACAUAACUGGUAUCAUAGCUUCUGCUACAGAUCAGCCCGAAUACAUGGUAGAGACCAAACCAACAAUUACUGAAGGAACCAUUAGUGACAUGGCUACCUCAACUGUACAGGUUGAACACAUGCAGGAAACUGAACUACAUUGGGAAAUGGAAGAGGAUGUUGCUACAGAUAAGGUUAUUGGUAGGGCUACAUCUCCUCCAACUGCGCAAUCUGAGCACAAAGAAGAAAUAAAGGAGGAUGUUACUCUGGAUGAAAAUUUAAUUAGGACCUCAGAUUCUGCUGUACAGCCUGAACAUUCCCAUUCAGCCGCACAGGUGAUCACUGAGGCGACUGAAGAAGGCUUUACUGCUCGGAACAUCACAGAAUCUCCUACUGCACAGCCAGUCAAUCAGAAUCUAUCUUUGGAUGCAAAGAUUCAGCAACUAGCAGAACAACACCACAGCAAUACAUUGCCUCCUGACAUAAAGUCAGUCCUUCCACACCAGGAUGAAGAAAAUGUAGAGUCAAACAUUAUUGAACAAACACAGCAGUCCAACGAAAUCAUUCACACUACAAUCUAUCCAUUUAUUUUCAAUCAGGAGACAAUAUCUAAUACUAUUACAGGAACUUCAAUAGAUGACGACCAGGGCAUCAGUAUAACAAUCCCUCCAUCCCAGGAAACUACGAGUGUCAAUGGAAUUGGAACAAAAUUUGAUGCAGGAGCAAUUGAUAUUAGCAUAAUGCCAGGCUGGACAUCAUCACAAAUUGGUAUAAGUAAGGCAGAAGAAUCUCAACGUCAAUUUUUGACAGACCAUCCAUCUCCUCUUGACAGCUUAGGAGAAACAGCUAAAGAAAAUGUUGCCACACCACAAGAUGCCACAAGUGACAUCUCACAAGCCCAGAUUUCAGCAACAGACAGUUUGACAGAUCGAGAGCCCACUCCACUCAAAUUUACAACACCAAAAACAACAACCACUCAACAUGGAAACCCAUUAACAGGCUCUCCAGUUUCAUCCCCGCCAAUAGCUGUUAUGCUGCCAACCUCUGAACAGCUUCACUCUACAGGCAGGAGUCAGUUGGAUGGUGAGACCAACAUCCCUCCCAAUGUGUUGCUCACAACUGCUGCUCCUCAGAAUUCCAGUAAUGAAACUAUAGGUUUUGAAACGGGAGAAGAAGAUAUUAGAGAUGAACUUAUUAUUGGGGAUACAGAGACUGUAGGCAACACAGACAUACUGAAUGGAGGCAAGCAUAGUACUUCCUCUAUCCCAUCUCCGCCUCCUCUGAAAUAUUUAACAUCAAGCUCCUUGACGUCUGCUCCCUCUAAAGAACUGGUGGUGUUCUUCAGUUUACGAGUCACUAACAUGUUGUUUUCUGAAGACCUUUUCAAUAAGAGUUCCCCGGAAUACAGGACAUUGGAACAACAGUUCCUUCAACUGUUGUUACCAUACUUGCAGACCAAUCUGACUGGAUUUAGACAACUGGAGAUUUUGAAUUUUCGGAAUGGCAGUAUUGUUGUAAACAGCAAGAUGAAGUUUGCCAAGUCUGUGCCAUACAAUGUCACCCAAGCAGUCUACUGUGUCUUGGAAGACUUCUGUAAUGCAGCAGCCCAAAGGAAUAACCUGGAAAUCGACAGAUAUUCUCUGGAUGUGGAACCAGCUGAUCAAGCCGAUGCAUGUAAGUUCCAAGCAUGUAAUGAAUUUUCUGAGUGUCGUGUCAACAAACAGACCGAAGAAGCUGAGUGUGUGUGCUACCCUGGUUAUAUCAGUGUGGAUGGACUGCCCUGCCAGAGCAUCUGCAACCUCAGACCAAACUAUUGCCUCAACAAUGGCAGAUGUGAAAUAGAUCCAGAGAAGGGAGCUGUGUGCAGGUUUGUGACAUUGGGGAAAGGUUUGAUGAGAAAAGUAUAG